UUGUGCUCCUCUUACCCAUCUCCUUGUUAAUAUCCACAUUUGUGUCGUACAGAGAGGGGUUCUUCCGGCUCAGGAAGUGCAGCGGUCCUUUCUUCAUGGUUGUCGUCAGAGUGAAUCCGUUGAUUUUAAAUCAGCGUGAUUUCAUGAUUUCAGAGUUGGAGCGAGUGUUUCGAGUCCCGUCACUGAUUCACAAACACUGAGAGCAGAAAAUGGCCCCAGAGCCGCCCGAGAGAAACCACGCCCACUCAAGACAGAGCGGAAAGAACAGCCCUGAGGGUGACGUCAGUGCUAAUUGGCCGGGACAGAGGCUCGUCCUGUCCCGCCGAGUGCCGUCCCGCAGGCUGAUCUGAUCUGAUCUGCAGUGUGAGAGCGAGCCGUGCUCUGUCCUGACGCUCCUCAGCAUGGGGAACUCCUCCAGCAUGUCCGCCACCGAGCUCAGCGCCUGCAAAUGCCACCAGUGGUACCGCAAGUUCAUGACCGAGUGUCCGUCCGGCCAGCUCACCUUCUACGAGUUCAAGAAGUUCUUCGGCCUCAAGAAUCUGUCCGAGAAGUCGAAUGCAUACGUCAAUACCAUGUUCAAGACCUUCGACAUAGACGACGAUGGCUGUAUUGAUUUCAUGGAGUAUGUGGCGGCUCUGAGUCUGGUCCUGAAAGGUGGCGUUCAGCAGAAACUGCGCUGGUAUUUCAAGCUCUUCGAUAUGGACGGCAGCGGCUGCAUCGACAAGGACGAACUGCUGCUCAUCUUCAAGGCUGUUCAAGCCAUUAAUGGAGCCGAGCCAGAGAUCUCUGCAGAGGACUUGGCUGAUAUGGUGUUUAACAAGAUUGAUGUUAAUGGAGACGGCGAGUUGUCUCUGGAAGAGUUCAUGGAGGGCAUCACUGCGGAUGAGAAGAUCUCAGAGAUGCUGACCCAGAGUUUAGAUCUGACCCGGAUCGUGAGCAACAUCUACAAUGACUCCUACAUUGAGCAGGACGCCGAGAUCAUUGAGGAUCAAGCAUGACAACACUGAGAGUCUGGAGCUGGACGCUUUUAUUGACUCCUUCCCAGAGUAGCGACCGCUGAGUGUGAAAAUAGAUCGGCCAAAAUUCUGGGUCUGUGCACUAGAUUAUAUCAUUGUAAGCGCACAAAAUGCUCCAGUCGUGUGAUUGCGUACUUCAGCCUGAGGGUGGCGCUCUAACACUGACAUACAGGCUGUGAGAGCACAUCACACAUGAAUAGAACGCUUCUAGAAAUGCCUUAAUGUAGAGUUUAAUGCCUCUGAAUGCUGAUUUAGAGUUUUGAACACGUUUAGCGUAGGAAAUCUUGGUCACACUUUAAUUUAAUGUACAAUUCACGCUAACAACAAACCAUUCACUUAGACUUUUAGCUCAAUACACUACUAAAUGGCUGCUUAUUAAUAGUUAGUAAGCUAGUAGUUGGGUAUUGGGUAGGAUUAGGGAUGUAGAAUAUGAUCAAACAUGCUAAUAUCUCUUAAUAAUAUUAGGCCAGUCAUAAAUGGUGUGAAUUGUUACUUAAACUUACUGUUGCUGAAUACUUAUUUGCAUUAUAUGUAAGCAUAUGUAAAGUAAAGAUGUAUAUAUUUUAUUAAUCUAUUAUGUUGUUAAGGAAGUAGUAUUUACUGAAGAAGAUGAUGGAUCGAGAUGGAGCGAUUUACGAGGUAAUGUGAAAAAAGCAGGGCAAUCUGCAGUUCCGUUUUUCACCACUGAUUAACACUGUAGUAUUAUAGGGGCGCUGUUGAGCUCGAUAGUGCUUAGCCUCACUUAAAGGGCCAGUUCACCCAUAAAUGAUAAUUCUGUCAUCAUUUACUCACUCUUUACAUGUUUUAAACCUGUUUGAGAUUAUUUCUUCUGUUAAACACAAAGAUACACUAAGAAGAUAUACUAUAGAAAGCUGGAAACCUCUAACCAUUGACUUCCAUAGUAGGAAAACCAAAAUAAAAUACUAUGGAAGUCACAGUAGUCAAAAUCCCAGCUGUUUUCUGAACAUAUGAACCGAAUUCUCCAAUAUUCGGCUCUUUUAUGGCUUAAAUGGUUUUUUAAAAGCACAUAUAUUAGCUGUGCAAUAUUGAGGACGUUUAAAGAUGAAUUAUUGAUUUAAUAUAGAGCUCUAUGUCUCGUCUAAGGAAUAAUUGUUCUAAUUUAUUUCCUAAAAUGAAGACUUGCGAAAUGCCAAAUGGGAGUAUAAAUCUGCAGUGGUGAAUCUGAAAGAGCGUGCCGUUAUUGAGCAGUUAGCGGUGUGUUUCUGUAUUAAUGAUGCCUGUGAAUGCUGUUCUAGCAUGAUUUCCCAAACGCACAGACUGCGCUGUGAUGAUAAGCAUGCUCAUGAUGAGUGUUUAUCUACAGGGUGUGAAUUAUACAUUGCUGAUCGGCGGAGGGGUUGACUUUUUUAGUAUUGUUAGUUUGUGUAAUGCAGGCUUGUAUUUAUAUAAACUGCAUCUGAUUUAUUAAUAAAACCUGUUGACGUUU